AUGAAGGUGGUGGUGGAGAUUUUGACAGGAAACCUCUUCUACAUUCAAGUUGGCAAUGAUGCCACGGUCGGUGACCUGAAGAAAGAGAUCGAAGCCCAGGAAAAUUUACCCCGUGAUCGUAUGAUCAUGAUUGUUGAUCAUGAAAAUCAAAAUCACCUUAUAACUGAAGAAGAUGGAGCUUCUCUCGUUGGCUGCGGAGUGCAAGAUGGAUCUCACAUCUAUCUCUUCUUUAAUCUCCUCGAAGCCGAAUCACCUUAUCAUCAUGUUUUCACCUUGCCCGAGUCCCUCUUGUGGUAG